AGUUGCCCACCAAUAGUUGAUCGCACGUGUUGCUAUUGUUUUGAUUCGGCUUCACUUAAUAAAACUCUUUAAAUUGCAUUAAAAUGUCUAAAUUCCUAUCAUAUUACAAUCUGUUUCCCAUACCGGAUCCCAAGGAGUUUCUGGGAAUGGCGGCGGACAAGGAAACAGGCAAUGUAAUCACCACAUUGGCACGUAAUGUUGUUGUGAUUUUGAAUAUAAGCACGCAUAAGCAGCUUCACAGCUGGUCAAUGCCAGAGAAACUGUCCGCCAAGGUAAUAUACGAUCCAAACAGUCAGAAGUACGUUGGUGUUUUCGGCAACCACGCUCUGCGAACUUGGGAUGUUACUACGGCGGAUGUGUCCAAGUGCAAAAAGCUAAAGUUCCAAAAGAGUAUUGCUCAUGUGGUGUACACCGAUCAAGAGGCUGUCGUGUUGUACAGUGAUGGUUCGUGCCAACCGCUAUCAAAAGCAUUGGAAUCACGAAAGGAUCAAAAGGAGGAUACAGCUGAGCAAUUGGCGCUUGCAGCCAACAACACGCUGAGUAAGCCAACAGUGCACACGCUGAGCAACGGCCAACAGAUGCUCACAUACUUUGUGGAGAAGACCGCAACUGGUGAAUUCAUCCUCGUACGACGCUCAUUGUCCAAUAAUAGUAAGCGAACCUAUGUAAUAAAGAGGGAAGCCGUUCGAUUGACCGGUCAUGCGGUCAUCGAAGGUGAUGCAGGUCCCCAACUGAUGACCAUUUGGUCCGACAAGCGAAUUUUCAUGUUAAGCCUUGCUGAACGCUCUCACGAAAGUGCUCCUGGACAAUUUGUGUCCAUGCUCGCAGAGCUCAACGUGGAGAGCAAGUUGUCGUUGCAAGGAUUGUCGCGCAACUUUGCGGCUAUCUACGGCGCCAAUUAUGGCCAGGAAGGUGCCUCGCUGCUUGUGUACAACACACAGUUUAAGGUGGUCAAUGCCAAGCAAUACUUUAAAGUAUACUUGGACUUUUCACGCUUGUGGGCGCGUGAUGAGCACAUUCUUUUGGCCAUGGGUCAGCAUAUUGCCGCCGUGCGCUAUCGCAUGAAUGAUGAAUUGCUGGUGGAUAUGCUAGGCUCACAGCUGAACGAAGCGCAUUUGACGCCCAUUGAGUUGGAUCACAUCAACGAGGAGGAAUCACUGGAGGCAGCUAUCAAGUUUGGGGGCAACAGUCGUGCCCACAACUCCUUUAAACUGGGCAAGCCUAUAAAGCAUCCACGGCCUGACUUGCCAAAAGCGAAUGGAACUAGUGUUGCCUUUGAAUCGCCUGAAAUAUCGCAGCAGCAGCUCAACGAUCUCAUCAAGCAGCAUGUGGAUGGUGAAAUGGUACAAGUUGACAACGGAUUUGAGGACGUUAAUGUUACCCUCAUGCGUAACUAUUAUGAUAUGGGACCACAGAAUCUGGCGGUGCAGUCAAUAGUAAGACAAUUGGAACGAAGUGGUGCUGGCGAGCAGGAGAUUACCGAGAAGCUAUUAACGCUGUUCAUUAAAACUCAAAACUCAGAUCAUGUUCUUAUGUGUGUCCGUCGUUACACCAACAUCUCUGAGCACAUGUUGGCCUGGUGCCUACGAUAUGCCCUGGACAACACACCACCUGCGCUUACCAAUGGCAAUGCCAUGGAAACGGAUGAUAAUAAUGCCCCAGCAGCGCCAGCCAACGAUGAGCUACUUAAUGCAGUGCUCGCCUGCAGCUUUAAUUCGGUUGCCAUUGAGAAGCAUCUGAAGCAGCGCCUUGAACUGUCCCAUGUCCAGCGACUGCUGCAACAUUUGUAUGUACUGGCCAGUGACGCUGAUGCACUGCUCGAGGAACGUCCCAACCAGGAUACCGCCUCACUGGGCAAUAUGUGCACCGAGCUUCAAGCUUUUCAAUGGCUGAGCGCCAUUAUAACUUCACACAUUACGCUGUUGACCAUCUCCAAAGAUGAAGAGCUGCUGGCCUUGCUAACAAAGUGGUCAGAACUCUUCGAAAUGUAUUCCAACAUUUUGGAUCCCUUGGCCACUGUGAUGCCAGCACUGCGCAACAUUAUAGCCCGUCGCAAGCGGAAAAACCCGUACCCCACCCAUUGGUAUGGCAUUGAGACAGUAAAGCUGUACUAACGAUAAGUUCUAAAAGCUUGUUCCCCAAUGAAAAUGUUGUUAAUUGUAAGCUAAAUAAAUGUAGAAUUAACCAAA